UUCUCUCUCUCACUCUCUCCACAGCUGAGAAGGAGGUAAAAGGAAGAAAAUGGUCGGUGAAAAUGGCAAGAAAUCGAAGCUCGAGUAUGAAGGCUCAGUUCCGGAGCAACAAAUAGUAGAUGGAGAUCUCCUCGUUUCAAUGGAGAAGGUUCAGGAAUUCCAAGACGAGCUUGAGAAGGUGAAUGAAGAGGUGGCUGACAAAGUAUUGGAGGUGGAACGAAAAUAUAAUGAGAUCCGCCAGCCAAUUUAUGAUAGGCGGAAUGAAGUUAUUCAGACGAUUCCCGACUUUUGGCUCACAGCAUUUCUUAGUCACCCAACAUUGUGUGGCCUAAUGACCGAGGAAGAUCCUAAGAUCUUCAAGUAUAUGAAGUCUUUGGAAGUUUUUGAUUUGAACGACGUAAAGUUAGGGUAUUCAAUAACAUUUAAUUUCCGCCCGAAUCCUUACUUUGAGAAUGCCAAGCUCGUCAAAACAUUUUCUGUCGAUACUGAAGGAUGCUGUAAUUUCACUGGCACGGACAUCAAAUGGAAAGAUGGGAGAGGUACUUCAAAUGGCACUGCUCAAGAGAAGGAAGGAAAUAAAAGGCCUUUUGCCGAAGAAAGCUUCUUUACAUGGUUCAGUGAAGCACCAUUUGAGGAACUUUCGGUAGCGAGGCAUGAUGAGGUGGCCAACAUAAUUCGAGAAGAUUUGUGGACGAACCCAUUGCAGUAUUUCAACAUUGAAGGAUAUGAAUUAGACGACGACGACGACGACGACGACGAAGAUGACGAAGAUGAAAACGGAGAGAAUGAUGAGGACGACGAGGAAGAAGAUGAAGAAGAAGAUGAUGAAAGCUAAGCUGACCUUUCCCUUACAUCCCUACCUUUGAUAGGAAUGGUUGGAGUUUUGGGACUUUUCUUUUCUUUCUCCCCCUCCCUCUUAUUUUAUUUUAUUUUAUUUUUUUACAAGUUUGAGAGUGGAAAGGUGUUUUGAAGUUCCUUUUUUUUGAUAGGAAUGGUAGGAGUUCUGAGAUUUUUUUUAUUCUUUUUAAAGCGGAAAGUAAUUUUAUAUGUUGGCGGGGAAAAGUUCUUUUGAUGGUUUGAAGGAUUACAUGUAUAGGAUUGUUUUUUUUGGUUUCUAACAUGAUUUCCGGCCUUUGUGACUUCUGAAGUCCACAACCGGUUUGUGUUCAGGUUUUUUCCAUCUUUCCCCCCCUAAGUUGGGGCAAGUGGGGUCCACUGUUCACUGAUCCAAAGAGUUGGUAUGAUAGGCACCAAAAUUGCUUGAUAUUUGAAUAAGGUAAUUCCUUUCAAUGUGGAACUGAA